AUGUCCGAGACAACCAUAUCGUUCGGCACGCCUCCUCCCUUGAAACUUCUCUCGCUCGAUGGAGGCGGCAUCCGCGGCCUGUCCUCUCUCAUCAUCCUCAAAUACCUGAUGAAGAGAGUCAGGCCACAAAGUCCACCCAAGCCAUGCGAAUAUUUCGAUUUGAUCGGUGGGACGAGCACUGGAGGGCUCAUCGCCAUCAUGCUGGGCCGACUUCGCAUGGAUGUGGAUACUUGCAUCGCAAAAUACCUUGAGCUGUCCUCUGCGGCGUUCCAACUAAAGCGGUCCAAGGCAAAUAUCUUUGGGAAAGCAAAGGACUUCUGGAAGGCUGACGCCGCCUAUCGUUCUGACUGGCUCGCAACUGAGUUCAAGAAGGUGGCCGAGGCCCUCGAAGGAGAUGAGCAGGCGACAUUGAUUUACCCGGACACAACCUGCAGAGUGUUCGUCUGCGCAUUCACCAAAGCGCUCAACACCCCCGUCCGGCUUCGCUCGUACAUGACAGAAGACUCCGUAGAGACGUUAUCGAGCACCGGAUGUCGCAUCUGGGAAGCUGCCCGCGCCACGUCUGCCGCCGCCACCUUCUUUGACCCGAUCGUAAUAGGCCGGCAAAAAUACGUCGACGGAGCGACUGGCUUCAACAACCCGGUCGAAGCCGUCCUGGAGGAAGCGGUAUCGAUCUGGCCCGAUGCCAUCCCGGGAAUCCAGUGCCUGGUGAGCAUUGGAACCGGGGUCCCGGAUCCAAAGGACUUUGGCGAUAACUUGAAGGAGGUGAUAAACACGCUGAAAGCCAUCGCGACUGAAACAGAAGAGACGGAGAGGCGAUUCUUCCAGAAUCACAAGCAUCUCGGUCUUGGCGACCGCUACUUCCGGUUCAACGUUGACAAGGGCUGGGCGGGCCCCGGUCACCAAAGACAUCAAGGAUUCCUACCUCACUUGGUUGACCUGGGAGCACUGGCCUACUUCUACUUCUCCUUCCAGAGCAAGGAAUGUCAAGACCUUCGGCAUUUCAAGUACUCGAUCCUGAUCCAAAUCGUCCACCAUCUUGUCCGGCCUGAUCCAAAGCAUCAUGACCAUUUCUACGUGCCAAAGGCGUUCUGUGAUCUGUACGAAGCGUAUCAACCGUCCCGAAAUCCCAAGAUGGAGGACCUGGACGCAACGUUCCUCGGCGUUCUCAACGAAUCAAAAGAGACAUAUAUUGUAGUUGAUGCCCUGGACGAAUGGCCCUCCACAACAGAUCGAGAGGACGUCAUCACCUUUUUGGCCGAACUCUUUCGCACGGCCCCCAGCGGCAUUCACAUCUUGAUCACCAGCCGGCGAGAAGAGGAUAUUGAACUCAGCAUUAGUCAGAUUCCGAACCAGAAAAGCAUCGUCCCGUUUGAAAUUGCCAAAGUCAACGCCGACAUCCGAGCCCACCUUCAGGACCGCAUGGCCAAAGUACCCUACCGGAGGUGGUCCGAUUCUCUCAAGAACAAAGUCGUCAACCACCUGACAGAACUGGCCGAUGGCGUCUUUCGCUGGGUGGACCUCCAGAUCCGGGACCUGGCAGGAAAGGCCCGAGAGAAGGACGUUGAUCGCGCCCUCCAACGACUGCCAAAGACGAGGAGGCCACUGCCGUUCUUUGAUUGCUCGCAUAUGCAGGUCGUCCUCUGCUCCUCCGCGACGCGGCGGAAAUUGCCGCUUUCAAGAUCACCAGAGAGGAGUCAGCGUCUGAUCAGCAUGACGAAUAGUCAGUGUCAUUCUCCCCCAAUAACCAGCCCCUCGUGGGUCCGGCGGAUUCUGUCCGGACUAGUGAUCGUAUCGGGCAUUGACGAUCAUCAAUCAUCCGUUCAGGACGACGUCCCCAAUAAUCAUAAUGGGACCAUCUCCUUCGCCCACUUGUCGGUCCGGGAAUACUUAGAAAGCGCUGCGGUGUCUCCACCAUACUCCCGUUUGACGAACAAAGCCAGCCAGUGGUUUAUUCUCAAAUACUGCUUGGCAUAUAUCCGUCACUACGACGGCACCCCCGAACCAUCCAAAUCGGCUCCGUACCGUCUUCUCCUGUAUGCCUGCAAGUAUCUGUGGUAUCACGUUACAGCGCUAUGCGGCGGUGCAGACCAGGACAUCGUUUUGGCUGCUAUCAAGGCGCUGAUUGCGCCGCAGCACAAAGCUCAUGGAUCUGCGUUCGCAUUAUCGGUCCGGGCAGCACCCUUUCUAACGGAUGACCAGACCGGUACGAUCACUCGGUCUGCCCUCAGCCACUGUCUCGAUGCAGUUGACAAUGAGGGGCAUUUCGAAGAACUCUCGUUCGAUUUAGAAGACCCCUCAGCUAUUCAUCAGGUCUCAGGCCUGGGCGAGAAGGCAUUAGUCGCGCUGAUGCUUAAUGCUGGGGUGGAUGUGAACGCAAAGGACUGGGAUGGCCGGACGCCAUUGUCAUGGGCCGCAGCCGGUGGCCAUGUCGAAGUGGUGCGCUUCCUUCUUGACAGCGGAGCCACAGCCACAGAAGUUCUUGAGAAAGACACUUGGGGCGCGACUGCACUCGCCAUGGCCGUGGCGGGAGGAUAUGAGGAGGUGGCACGAGUCCUUAUUGAGAAUGGGGCGGAUGUGGAGCGCCAGUUCGGCACACGGUCACGAAGGCGUUCUGAGGAUCCUUCUCGAGAUGGGUGCGGAUAUCCAAGGCAGAGGAUGCGAAAGGAAGGACUGCAAUUGCACGUGGCCGCGCUAGGCCGGUCAGGCGUGCCGCGAAGUCUGUUCCUACCAGCGAUGCCCGAAUCGACCGAACCCCCCGCACACAAGAAGAGAAUGACUCUGCAACUGCUCGUCGAGCAUGGGGCCGAUAUCGAUGCAGUUGAUGAGAACGGGAUGACACCAUUGUCUUUGGCGGUGGUAGGGGGCAAUGUCACCGCUAUCCAGGUGCUCCUCGAAAUGGGAGUCACUGUUAAUGCAACAGCAGAGCCACUUGUUUACUCCGCAUCUAGCAAGGGAAACAAGGCGGUGAGAGGGUGGAUGGACGCCUUUACACGUAGCGGCUGCCAAAGGGUACAAGGCCGGGUUCGAACUCUUGUCGACAAAGGGGCAAAGCUCGACGCCAGGAAUGAGUCUGGGUGGACAGCGUUGACCAUGGCCACUGCCAAUGGACACCUUGCCGUCGUAAGAGUCCUGAUAAAAGGCGGUGCAAAUCUGGAAGUGACGAAUAAUGAUGGGAGGACAGCAUUGCAUGAAGCCGCCGCGAAAGGGAAACGCAGGAUAUUCGAUCUGCUAGUCGAGAAAGGGGCUGAUGUAGAGGCCAAGGACAAAGAUGGUUUGACGCCUCUGAGCCUGAGAGAAAACCAUGUCGCCAGUAAGGAUUCUCGAGGAUCUGAAGAGGAUUCGGAAGACGACUCCAAAUAUUUCAUCAUGAGGAAGUUCAGAAUCGACUAG